UCCUUUCACACUCAAUAACCAGGUUUCUCUCUCUUUACUUUUCUUUGUAACAGAGAUGGCAAUUGAGAAUGGGAGCAAGAAAGCAGAUAAGAUGGUGAAGGUGACUAAGAAGGAUAUGGUUCUCCCAAGUAAGGAUUUGGGAAGACGAGAAUGCCCUCUGGUUACAUUUGAUCUUCCUUAUGUGACCUUUUAUUACAACCAGAAGUUGUUGUUGUAUAAGGGUAAUAGUUCUAUUGAUGAUUGGGAGGAGAUGGUGGGGAACAUGAAGGAAGCUCUUGGGGAAAUUCUUGUGGAUUUUUAUCCAUUGGCUGGGAGAUUGGAGAAAGAUAAGGAAGGUGUGUUGAGGGUUGUCUGUGAUGUCAAGAAUGUUGGUGUGGAGGUGGUGGAGGCGGUGGUUGACGGCGUCGGCAUUGAUGAGCUUGGGGAAGACGAGUCUUCCUUCUUGUUGCAGGAGAUCGUUCCUUACACUGGCGUUCUGAACUUAGAAGGUUUCCGCCGCCCAUUGCUGGCUGUUCAGUUCACCAAGGUUAAAGACGGGCUUGCAAUCGGGUGCGCAUUCAACCACGCUAUCCUAGACGAUCAUUCCACGUGGCACUUCAUGAAUUCCUGGGCGGAGAUCUGCCGUCGAUCCGGCUCAAUUUCAAACCCACCUUUACAUGACCAUACUAAAGCCAGGAACACACGUGUGAAGCUCGACCUCCGCUCUGACCAAUCCCAACUAGCCAAUUCACCAGGGAUGAUGAGAGAGAAGAUAUUCCGAUUCUCCGGCUCUGCCAUCGACAAGAUAAAAACUGAUGUCAACUCCUCCUUAUCAAAUGGCUCAAAACCAUUCUCAACCUUCCAAUCACUUGGGGUCCACAUAUGGAGAGCUGUCACCCGUGCACGCCACCUCAACACAAAAGAUUCCACGGUCUUCACCGUCUUCGCCGACUGUAGAAAGAUGUUUGACUCUCCGACGCCGGAAAACUACUUCGGAAACCUAAUUCAGGCGGUGUCGACGGCAACGCCGACGACGACUGAAGCGUUGCUGGGGAACGCGCCAGCGUUCGGUGCGUCGAUGGUGCAGAAGGUAAUUGAAAUGCACGAUUCGAAAAUGAUCGAGGGUCGGAACAAAGAGUGGGACGCGUCGCCGAAGCUGUUCCAGUGGAAGGAUGCGGGGAUCAAUCGUGUGGCGGUAGGGAGCUCGCCGAGAUUUAAGGUUUAUGAUAUCGAUUUUGGGUGCGGGAGGCCGGAGGCGGUGAGGAGUGGGAAGAACAAUAAGUUUGAUGGGAUGGUGUAUCUGUAUGAGGGCAAGGGUGGGGGGAGGAGUAUUGAUGUGGAGAUCAGCUUGGAAGCUCAGGCAAUGAACAAUUUGGAGAAAGAUAAGGAGUUUCUCAUGGAGGAGCACUAGUCCUAGACUCCUAGUUGGUUCAUAUUCCUCUCUCUCUCUCUCUCUCUCUUGGAGUACUACUGCUAGUGUGGAACUUUGUAGUUCUUGAUCAGUCUUCUUCAGUGUCUACUACUGCUAAUGGUUUCUGGUUAAAUUCGAAUAAGAUUUUACAGAAGUGUUCAAUUUAUGGGUUUUCCUUCAAGUUCUAUGUGGAAAAUUUAAGCUUAUAGGAAUUGAACUUCUUUUGUCA